CUCGUAACUUGGUGGGAUUUCACUCAGAAGGGAUGCGUCCUGUGUGCGCACCUGGAGCCGCAGGAGACAUGCAGCAGAAGCGACGCAUUCCCGUCUGUUACCACCACUCUGGUUUAUGAUACCGAGCCGCUGUGAAAGCUGACAUUUAUUCCUGUGAUGGGGAGAACCACAUGGAGCUGCGGUGCCCUGAUCCUGCUGGCCAUCAUUAGCUCAUGUCGUGCCGUCACUCUGGAGUCCAUCCUCUGGAGCAGCUCCAAUACAAAGUGAGUGCAUGGACCACUUUUCACCAUCCCAGAUGAUGGAUGCAACUUUCUGCUCCUCCGACUCAUUAAUUCAGUUAAUUAGAGAUUUAAUCCAUUAAAAGUGCUGUAUGUCUCAUGCAGCUCCAAUAACAAGUGAUCGAUUAAAGUCGAUUUUUGGGAAGUGGUGCAGCUCCAGAUUCUUCAGCAGUUUUGUGCUAUUUUUUAAGCUUUUCAUUUUGAGUUUAUCUACAGAUCCUGUCUACAAAUGUCACAUUAUUUUGUUAUUUUUGAUAUUCUCAUUGUCAGAAUAUUAUAAAUUCUCCAUUGAACAUUUUCUUUUACAAAUGUGUAAAAAUCUAAAAUCUAAAAGAGAAUAAGUAAAACAUGACAGGAGACACAGAACUGAUUCAUUUUCCUCUUUUUCUUCUCUUGGAAAAAGGAUUGAUCAAUCUUUAAAGAAUAGUUGCGAUUCUGAAUCAACUUAUUGAUUAGUCAAGUUGUCAUUUUAGCUUAGUUUCAAUGUCCUCCUGUCUUUCAAACAAAACCAACAAUGUUUGGACAUCACCAUGCUUCUGAGACAUUUGAGUUUGUCGGAUUUUUGUGUCUCAAACCUAUGCACGAUCGAUAAAAAGUCCUCGGGCACCUUUUAUACCAUCUUUAUUCCACAGUUGGCACCAUCACAGCCAAUCUUGACCUCACAUACUGUAUACUAUAUCUUUGGGCAGCAGUAGCUUAGGAGGUAGAGCGGUCGUCCAAUAACUAGAAGGUUGGCAGUUCGAUUCCCCCACUAUCACAAGUCUGUCUGUUGUGUCCUUGGUCAAGACACUUAACCCACCUUGCUCCUAGUGUGUGUCCUCCACUGGUGUAUGAUUGUGAGAUAAAACGCUUUAUGAAAUCUGAUGCAUUACUAUUAUGUUCAUCGGAUGGUUUUGUCUUUCAUUUCCUUUGACAGGUUCAGUCCAGGUAAGGGUCUGGUCCUGUACCCUCAGAUUGGGGACAAGAUGGACAUUGUGUGUCCCCGUGCAGACGCUUCCUCCGGGGUUAAAGAGGAGUUCUAUCGAGUCUACCUGGUCUCUAAAGGUCAGAUGGAGACCUGCACCAUCCACAAGACCGACACACCUCUGCUCAACUGUGACAAACCCAACCAAGAUGUCAAGUUCACGUUCAAGUUCCAGGAGUUCAGCCCCAACUUGUGGGGUCUGGAGUUUCUCAAGGGGAAGGACUACUACAUCACCUGUGAGUCACUGUAUGUGAUGACGUAAUGACACCUGAGUCACCUGUUUGUGUGUAUGUGUGUGUCGGUGUUGUAUGAACAUAUGUAACGAUGGAAAAAGCAGGACAAAGCUGCUGGUUUUUACAGGUGGGGCGGUGUUUAAAUCAAUUCUUUCUCCUUUUCCUCCUUUCAGCCUCGUCAUCCUCGCCUCCCGCUCAAUUUGUCAGUUUGCGUGAGAAUCACAAAAAUGUGGCCUCGUUAUUGGGUCGCUGUCGGUUGAACCGGCAUCUUAGUGGCAAGUGAUGCAUGAGAUGGAGAGCAAGUCUGACCAUGUAGCCUCAUCCACCUCGCCGUGCUCUGACAGCACACUCCGCUCUGGCAGGCCACUGUGAUUCCAAGGGCUUACAUGCCCCAAAUCACACAAGGCUUUUACAGCAUCAGGCAGAUUUGAAGGGAGCUUUCAUGGCAACGUGGCUUGUGGCCUGUGAGAUGUUGUUAUCUGACCUAAAUGCUGCUAACAAGUCUGUGUGUGUGUGUGUGUGUGUGUGUGUGUGUGUGGUGGGGUGGGGGUGUCUUUGUGUGUGUCUGUGUGUGUGUGUGUUUAUUUGUGUGUGUGAGUAUAAAAGUGUGUGUGGGUGGCUGAGGAGCAGGGGUGAACCAGAGUUCUUGCUGUGUGUGUGUUCGUAGAUACAUGGGCGUGCUUUCGUAAUUGACGUGUAAUAUAUUCUUAAAUUUUCUUACUUUUUAUCUGGAGCUGAAAUGAAAAGUUUAUAAAUACUUCAGGUUGUUUUUCAUCAAGAUGUUUAAAAAAUAUGGGCACAGCUUCUACAGGAAGAGGAUUUGAGCAUUUAUGUGACAUGAAACCAAAUAUCAGAGAAUUUUGGUUAUUUUUUAACUCUGACAAAAUAAUCACUUAUUUAAUAUACUGUGCUGUCCUCUAUGCGUUUUUUAUGACAGAGUGUUAAGAGAUUAAAAAAAUUUAGACUUCGAGAUUAAAGUCUUUGAUAUAUGAGAAUAAAGUAAUUACUAACAAGAAUAAAGUUGUGAUAAAGGAAUUACGAACGAGAAUUAAUUCCCACUAAAAUCAUUACGAGAAUAAAGUCGUAAUAAAGUAAUUACUAAUGAGAAUAAAGUCGUAAUAAAGUAAUUACUAAUGAGAAUAAAGUCGUAAUAAAGAAAUUACUAAUGAGAAUAAAGUCGUAAUAAAGUAAUUACUAACGAAAAUAAAGUCGUACUAAAAUCAUUCCCUACGAGGAUAAAGUCGGAAUAAAGAAAUUACCAACAAGAAUAAAUUCAUACAAAGAUCAUUCCCUACGAAAAUAAAUUCGUACUUUAAUCAUUACUUACAAGAAUAAAGUCGUAAUGAAAUAAUUUCUUAUGAGAAUUAAGUCAGAAUAAAACCAUUAUGAUACUUAUGAUAAUGUGGUGCUGAUGUGCCAAAAGUUCAGGUAUCUCCUUGUUUGAGAAACAUGUAUUUAAGUACAUUUUAAUUAAAUGCCCCAUUGCUCUAAUUUCAACAACUGUCAUCAUAAAAAACAGGUUAGAAUAUAAGGAGUUUACUAUGACUUUAUUCUCGUAAGUAAUUAUUUUAUCUCGACUUCAUUCUCAUUAGUAAUGACUUUAUUCUUGUAAAUUAAUCUCAAAAUCUUCUUUUUUUUUCCUAAUAUGGCCCUAAUGCUCCAUCGUACAUUUUAGCUUUUUGUCAGCUUUUUCUUGUCUAUGUGAUGCAACACUCAGCAACAGGCCAAACAGCCUGUGAAGAUUCAUACUGGAAAUGUGCGUUGCUUGAUUAUCAGAUUGUGUAAAUCUUUAGAAAGUUCAGCUGUAAUAUCUGCCUUCUCUGUUUUCUCUGCAUGUCAGCCACCUCUACAGGCUCUCUGCAAGGUCUGGACAACGCUAACGGAGGGGCGUGUAAAACCAACUCCAUGAAGCUGGUGCUGAGAGUGGGCCAAAGUGAGUGCUUAGCGUUUGUGUGUGUGAGUGUGUGAUCGGAGGAAUGAUGCAGCUAUACGUGACAAAAUAAUGCUCCAAGGCCUUGUCAGUCUGGUCAUUAUAAUGCAAUAUUGUUACCUCCUGACUGGAAUAACUAAGUGGUCAGAUAAUCCCGAUCAUCUGUUCUUUCUCCUGAAGAGAGAUUGCCUCCUGAAUUAUCUGAAAUCCUGAACUCAAACCGCUGGCAGCUUAAGGCCUUCAGUAUUAUCCUGCAUGCGAUCAUUUUGACUGGCAGCAGCAGUCAGUAAUCUUUUAGUGUAUUAACAUCAGGAUAGUCAAGAGCUCCUUUUUUUUGUUAUUUUAUGCUCUGAUUGUGUGCGAACUGUCAAUAACAUUACAGUCAGGUAACCUCGAAGACCUCUUUAUGUUGUAUAUGUAGUUCUGCCGACAUGUCAAGAAUCAUGUUAAUCCAACAUGUUGUGUUUAUUUUUAACUUUCUUAAGCUAAAUCUGUUACAGCCCAAAUGUUUUUUUUGACCACAGAAAUGUGAAGUAGUAUUCAUCUGAAUUAUUCAAAAGUUUAAGUUCAAGAUGAAAAAAAAAAUCUGCAUCUUGUGUGUUUCUCAUCUGAUCAUAACUGAAAAUAUGGAGCUGUUUUUCCCCGCGGUGUUUACAAACACUGUUGAUGUAAACAAACCUUUUAACAGCAACAGAAAACAUGAAUAAUUCAGAUUAAGUUGUAAUCUCUCAUUAAUCUCUGCAUAUUCCACAUGAAGUUGCAGUUUAAAGUGGUGAGUUUAGGUUUUUGGGUUUACCGCAGCCCCCCUAGUUUAGAUUUGGAUUUAUGGAUUGUGACUUCAAAGCUGAAAAUCUUAUCUUAGUUAUUUGGUGUAUUCAGGCUGAAUGUGGUGAGUGGUGCUAAUGCGCUGACUCUCACUGGCCUGCUGGCUGGACAACAGUUUAACAUACAUGACGGAUCAUUAAUGUUUGUAGUCCUCAUAAAUCAAUGCAUGAGAUUCCUUCAUAAAAACUAUUUAUGAGACUAAGACUGUUGCAUGGGAAUCUAAGCAAGUCUUGGUUGUGAACCCAGCUGCUUCAUAUCACUUGUCCAUAUUGAUACCAAAAUACCAAAACUUGCAGAAAACAGUGGCAUAAAAAGUCACCUGAUUCUUUACCUGGAGUCCCUGUGAGAAGAUACCAGUGCUCCUUUACGACCCACAAAAGCAACGAUCAUCAGCUACAAGGCUGUUAAAAUUCCUUAUAAUUUUAAAUGACUAAAAGUUAAAAUUCCUUAUAAUUUUAAAUGACUAAAAGUGCUGCAAGGGCGUAAGUGAGACAGUCUUCCUUUGAAGGGUCAGCGGCGAAGCUUAGUAAUGAGAGACACAUUUGAUUGUUAAAGAAGCAGAGGGGGAGUUUAUGUCUAAAUCACUACCUGUGAUUGUAAAGGACAGGAUCAGCCCACAGGGGGCACCAGAAUUGACACAAACUGAUGAUUCCUCACAGCAACUUUGAGCUAAAGUAGUAAGAAAGUGAUUUUGAAGUCCCGGUUACAAGUAAAAAAAGAAAAAAAAAAUCUGCAUCAAAUAUCAGGAGUAGAAAAAAGGUUUAAAGAGGAACACAUUCUAAGAUGUUCCUAAUUUCUCAGGUAAUUCAUGUAAUAUUUUCUUAAGACUAAGUUGCGUCACCUGUCAUCACAUUGAAACAUGCAUUGAAUAGCAUGCAUUGAUAAAAGGAUGUAUGAAAGAAGUAUUAAUAGCCUCCUGGUAGAAACUGAGACCAAUUCAAGAGCCUCAAACCUGCAUUUUUUCUAAUGGCCACCAGGGGGCAACUAUGCUGGAAGCUUACUUGCGUGGGAUUAGUUUUACAAAUGUGAUUUUUUUUCUUAUUCAGUCUGUCACCUUUCCUUUUUUAAACAGCAUCAUGUUUAUUUUUAAGGCCGCCUUUCAAAGGAAAAUGAGGGAUGAUGCAAUAAGGUGCAGUUACCUGGGACUGACCACCAACCAUAAACCAAUACAAAGGCUAAAGAUGGAGUCAUAUCCUUUUCCCAUCCAAUUUUCCCCUUGUCCAAAUAUUGUUACCUUGCCAAUAAAGUAUUAGCAUGGCAACAACCAAAAUGCAGAACUUGAGGUUUCCAAAAAGCAAGCCCAACAAACCGAUGGAUGUCUUCACAGCGUCUGUGUCGACUUCUGCUUUUCAGAGCCGGGAAAACCCCUAACCUCUCUGCCCCCACAGUUUGCCUGUUUUUUAUUGUAUUUAUUAAAUUUAUCUCACUUUUAUUUCCAAAAAAUAUACAUAUAUAUAAUUUUUAAUUUUUUUACAAGAGAGACCUGGUCAAAUAUCCAGCAUAAGUAAGGAAUCUCACAGUGAAAUAAUAAGACUCAGAAAGAAAGUUAAAUUAGCCUCACUGAGUUAUGACUGUGUAGGAUGAGAAAGUGAAAACAUUAAUAGUUUUUCCAGUGAAGAGAUAAAGUUGAGACAUGAUCACCACUUUUUGUCAUCUAAUUAGCUCAUUAAGAUUCUUGUCAUUCUUGUCCUUAAUGACUAAAAUACUGGAAGUCUGACACCAAACACUUGCGAUUCAACAUAUAUUUUAAGCAGUUUUAAUAAAUCAAAUUUAUUAAAACUAUCAGUUGUAAUAGAAACAUUUGACAUGACAUAACCAUACCUACAUAGAAAUGCCAAAAAGAUACGUUAAUGUAUUUAAAAUUGGGGGAUUUUUGCAAAGUGUGCUGUGACUUGACAUCAUUAUUGCUGUAUUUUUACUUCAGGCUCUUCAGAUCCUCCUACAACCCUCCAGGAGUCCCCCACCAGAUUCCCACCCACAAAGCCGAAGUCCAAAGCCAAAGACCCCUCAGUGAAAGAAGAGGAUGCUGGAAGUGAAACUGGUAGGAAGCCACAGCUAAUACAAUACAAAGAGAAUACUUUUAGGUGUAAUGUUUGUGUAUUUAAAUUAUAUUUUAAAAAAUGUCUGUAUGAGCUGUUGUUGUGUUUAUUGUCUGUCUAUCCACCUCUCUCUUUAAGAGUCUUCCUCUCCCCUCUUUCUAAUCCCAGUAAGGUCUCAACGGGUGGAUGUUUAACAUAGGUCUGGUUCUGCCUUACUAAAUUCCGUAAAGUCCUCCACUCAUGGUGAAUUUAAAUAAGACAGGACUAAGUGUUAAGAUAGGAUGAGAUUGAAACAUAUCAUGUAUUGAUGCUGAAAAGUUCGGUCCAGACAUGCUGUUUUGUAAAAGAACUGAUCCAACUUCUGUCAUAAAUUGGCACCACACAGCCUAAAUCUAAGAUUAAUUCAUUGACUGGCAUUCAAAACUCACAGCUGUAAUAAUUUCUGGCGAGUAUCAGAUGGCAGCCAAGUGUUAAAACAGUAAUUUUCUUGUCUACAUCUUUGAAUACUGAUUUGCACAGAACUUCCAAGUAAACCUUGAUAAUGAUCCUGUGACUCAUUCAGUGCCAAAACAGACUCCUGACCUUUUACUACCAGUAAACGAAAGAUUAGAGCGCACUCUCUUAUGUCCAUCUGUUCAUACUGAUCUGCUGAACCUUAGCACUGAGUGGGACUUUUUAAAUCUCUGUUUCAUUUGUCCUGAUUUACUCUUUUAUCUUUCUGCUGAUUUCAUCGACAGAUUUAGAAAAAGGACAAACAAACCCACGUGGUGCCGGUUUCACUGAGCCUGGGCUUCUGAUGUGGGUUGUCAGCGGCGGUGUGAUCCUUCUCCUGGUCAUCAUUGUUGUGGUUGUGGUGGUGGUGUGGAGGUACCGCCGCCGUCAGUGUGUCCCGGUCAACCAGCAGUCCUCUGCGGUGUCACUCAACACUCUGGCUGUGCCGAAGCGGGACAGCAUCAGCAGUGACAACAACGGCUCGGACCGCAGCGAUGUUGUCUUUCCGAUGCGGGCUUCUGACAGUAUGAUCUGUCGUCAUUACGAGCGUGUGAGCACUGACUAUGGGCCUCCUGUGUAUAUAGUUCAGGAGAUAACACCCCAGAGUCCCACCAACAUCUACUACAAAGUCUGA